AUGCCUAACUAUCUGGUUGAAUGCUACGCAGGCGUACCACCACAGAACGUCAAUCAGGUCAAAGAAUUCGUUCGAGCCAAUGGAGGCAAUAUUCUCGAUGAUUUUGAGAGCUUCAAUGGAUUUUCUGUUGAGAUUCCCAAGGAUUUCGUGACCCAUCUGAAAUCUCAUGAGCACGUAGAAGAUGUUGAAUUUGAUGUCCUCGCGACCGAUAUUUUAUCUUCCAAGGAAGAAGAAGCGGCUCCUCCCGAGCCAGAUGAUGUUCUAUCACUGGAGCGAAAGCGCCUCAUUCGACACCUUGGCCUCGAAAAUACAUCAGCUGGGCAGCCAUCCCGUGCAGCGAAUCCCGUACCGUCCUUGUUUUUCAUCGAAUCUGCCCCUUGUUCUACACGUGGCGCGAAAGCGCUAAUGCUCUGCGACCCGAGGGCGACAGGUUACUAA